AUGGGAUUGUUCAAUGUCACUUACCCUGCUUCCUUCCUCCUGACUGGCAUCCCUGGUCUGGAAAGCUCUCACUCUUGGCUGGCAGGGCCCCUCUGUGUGAUGUAUGUUGUGGCCCUUGUAGGCAACACAGUGAUACUGCAGGCUGUGCGAGUGGAGCCUAGCCUCCAUGAGCCAAUGUACUAUUUCCUAUCUAUGCUGUCCUUUAGCGAUGUGGCUAUGUCACUGGCUACACUGCCCACUGUACUCAGAACCUUCUGUCUCGAUGCUCGCAGCAUUGCUUUUGAUGCUUGCCUAAUCCAGAUGUUCCUCAUUCACUCCUUCUCCAUGAUGGAGUCAGGUAUUCUCCUGGCCAUGAGCUUUGACCGCUAUGUGGCCAUUUGUAAUCCCUUGCGCUAUGCCACUGUGCUCACCAAUGAAAUAAUUGCUGGGUUGGGUUUCGCUGUGACUGCCCGGAGCUUUAUCACCCUCUUCCCUCUUCCUUUCCUCAUCAAAAGGCUGCCUAUCUGCAGAUCCAAUGUUCUUUCCCAUUCCUACUGCUUGCAUCCAGACAUGAUGAAACUGGCCUGUGCUGACAUCACUGUCAACAGCAUCUAUGGGCUCUUUGUCCUUGUAUCCACUUUUGGCAUGGACCUGCUUUUUAUUUGCCUCUCCUACAUGCUCAUUCUGCACUCUGUUAUGGUCAUUGCUUCCCGUGAAGAAUGUCUCAAAGCUCUCAACACAUGUGUGUCACAUAUUUUGGCUGUACUUGCAUUUUAUGUGCCAAUGAUUGGGGUCUCCACUGUGCACCGCUUUGGGAAGCAUGCCCCACGCUAUAUACAUGUCCUCCUGUCCAAUGUCUACCUGUUUGUGCCUCCUGUGCUCAACCCUCUCAUUUAUAGCGCCAAGACAAAGGAGAUUCGUCGUGCCAUUGUCCGCAUGUUUCGCCGCAUCAAGAUAUGA